UAACUUGUAUAUAUCUAGGCCGGUUGUUGCUGCAAAAUAUCUACAGUCGUGCGCCGGCAGCCGACGACUAAUCAUUAUUUCAUGUGAGUUUUAAACUGUGCACUGUGUUUUUGGUGGAAAUAACCUAUUUUGAGGAUUAUUUGAAGGUUCAAUGAUAAAUAAAUAAAGUCACCAUGUACAAUUUAAAUGUUAAUGUAAAUCCUAGUCCAACGGCUGCUGCGGGUCUUCUUGGAGUCACAGCGGCCGAGGUAACACCGCGUACACCUGAAAUUGUUAAUUCAUUGAUUGCUAUGACAAAUCCCUUCGAUAGUUACUCUCAUGAACGAAGUCGUGAUAGAACGGAUUCAACGAGUAGCGGAGGUGAAUUGAGUCCACCUAGUGUUCAACAUACCUGCAGUCAGCUUAUAAAAGAAGGGCUGAAAUUGACGCUGCAGACUAAGAGGCGAGCUAAUAAUAGCGGGGAUGAAAGCAAGAAGAAGUCCAAAAGAGAGUACGGAAGUGCUGAUGAUGAAGAGGAAGAUGAUUCCAGUAACAACAAUAGUCGUGUUGGGUUGACGCCUGAAGAUGAGGAGAGACGUAGGAGAAGAAGAGAACGUAAUAAAAUAGCAGCGACGAAGUGUAGAUUAAAAAAACGCGAAAAAACUGUGAUCCUCGUACAAGAAUCAGAGACAUUGGAAUCACAAAAUCAUGAUCUUAAGUCACAAAUACAAGAAUUAGAGACCCAAAGACGGAGACUUGUUGAUAUGUUGAGUGUACACGGGCCCACGUGUCUCAAACAAGGGAAUACAAAUAAUACGGAUACUUCGUAUCAACAACCGUAUAAUAGUGACCCUCUAUUACUGCCAUAUACAGAAAAUUAUUCGACGACAAUAAAUCAACCGCAGGAUUGUAUCACAAUUGAAUACCCAGUUAAAAUUGAAAAUUAUGAUUCAACACCGCAAAAUUAUUACAGACAAGACAGUCCUUAUGUGCCUACUUCAGAUGCUGGAUGCACUGUUUAGUUUAUCAUUUUAUUUUUUUUUUAAAUUAAUUAUUAUUAAUACCAUUAAUUUGUUCGCGCAUGUUUUCGAUUUAAAAGACAGCGAGAUUAUUUAUUAUUUAUAAUGCAUUCCAUGGACACGUGAAUUCGGAAUGACUAAAAUUAUUAAUUAUAACAGAAUUUGUUUAACUAAAUUCAAAUUUUCAAAAUUUUUUCCAAUUGGUUUUCUGAUAAACGUCAAAAUUAUAAGCAUGAUUUGAUGAAUUCUUAAAUGACACCAGGUGCCGUUUUGACCCCAGUUUCAAAUUCUUUUUUAAUUUUUAAUAAAAAUUAUCUAUGAUAAAGUCUGAGGCUUUGUAAAGUAAAAAAUUUGCUACAGAAUUUAUUUUAAAAUAAAUUUUGAAAACUCUUGGUCAUUUUUUCACACCAGGGUCAAAGUGUCACUGCAUGACAUGCGACAUUUCACGCGUAUCAUUUAAGGGUAAAUACUAGGGGUGUGUCGAACUUCGAAUCGAAUAAUUCAUAAGUUUUUGAAUUAUUUGUAAAUAUUUUGAAUAAUUUAUAACUAGGGACAAGAUUUUUGCCUUAAUUUUGAAAUGAAUGGUUCAAAUGUUUGAUACUUCGGCGAAAAUAUUGGUCUUAUAAAAAAAGUUUUUAAACAAAAGUUGUAGGAAAUUUAAUUUUCUAUAAAAAUGUCUUUUAUGAUUUUCUUAUAGGAUCAAUAUUUUCGCCGUAAUUUAAAAAUUAAGAUUCAUAAUGAAUGAUUCAAAUUUUUGCUAAUUAUGAAAAUCUUAAUUUUGAAAUCACGGCUUCCUUAUUAAUCCUAACGAAAAAUCAUAACAGACAUUAUUUUUAGAAAAUUGAAUUUUGGACAACUUUUGCUUGAAAAAUUUUUCUAUCCAACCAAUAUUUUUGCCGUAAUACAAAAAAUUUGACAUCAUAUUUUUUAACUAAGGAAAAAAUCCUCGUGUUAUUUAUAACCUUGAAUCAUUCAUAAAUUCGCGAAUUAUCAGAAAAUUUACGAAUAAUUUAAAAUUUGUCGUUUUAACGACUUAAAAUUGUAAUAUUUUUUUUAAUGAUUCAAAUUUUAGUCAGAGGUAAUGCUCAGACACAAAUCUACGAAAAAAUUAUUUCGUUACUUAAAAAACUAAGCUCUUCAUUAAAUAAAAAUUAAAUAUUUAAAAGCUGAUCAGAAUUUUUUCCAUUCAGAUCGAAGACUUUGAAAAGUUGCAAAUAAUUCAAAAAUUUUCGAACGUUUCGAUUCGAUUCGAACACGAUUCGCACGGCCUUAAUAAAUACUGUCAUUAAAAAAAAGUAAUAAUUAAAUUUAAAUUCUCUCGUCGACCACUAAUACGUUCUUCACUAAUUAAUGUAUUAUUUAUUUAUUAUUUUUUUUUUAUUAAUUAAAAGACAUUCCUGCGUAUCAGUGCUACUGUGACAUUCUAUUAUAAAUAUAUCGGCUUGAAAAAAAUCAUUUAAUAAAUAAAAUUAAAUUAAUAAUAUGAAUAACAUGAAUCAAAAAUAUAUAAAUAUGAGCCAGUAAAAAAUAGAGCUAGUGCCGGUUCACUGCUCAACAUCUCAAUCCUCAUACAAAACUAAUAUAAUCAACAGUUAACUAAAGACUUGUUUUUCUUUUUUUAAUUUGUCUUCCGUUCAUAUUAAGAUUUAAAUAAAUAUAUAAAUAUUAUUUAAAAUAUAGUAUAUUAAAAAAAAAAAGUAAUAAAAAUAACACGAAAAACGAUACUUAUAAUAAAAUCGAAUAUAGAAAUAUUUAAUAUUAAUAAUAACAAAUUAAUAAUACGUAAUAUAUAAUUAAUACAUAUAAAUAUUUUGUACUAUUAAAAUUAAAAAGUAUAAAAUGAUAAUUAAUUAUUAAGACAUUUAUAUUUAAAUGAAUUAUAUAUAUAUUAGUAUACAGUAAUAUUUACUAUGACUUACAAAUUAUAACGUAUUAUUUUUGUUGAUAAAAAAAAAUAAUUAUAUAUUUGUAUUACCUAACGAUAUACCUCAGUAUAACUUGUAAAUUACUUUAUAAAUCGCUAAUGAAUUUUUACGAUCGGCAUUGCAAUAAUUUCUUUCAUUAUUUUUAUUUACUAUUGUUGGUUUUUUUUUUUUAAUACUUUUCAUUACACUUUAUUUUAGUAUUAAAUUGGUGCUAUCGUAAUUUUUUUAUUGAGAUUGUAGAUAAAAUGAGAAUUAAGUUAAUGAAAGUAAUAAAAAGUCGGUCGUAAAAAAUCAUCGAUACCUGUAAAAUGUUUCCAUAAUUAACUCAAGUUAAUUAAAUUACCAUGGCAAAUGUAUAGAUAAGCAAGCGACGAAAUUAACUCCUGUAGUCUUGAUAAAAGUUUGUGUCCACUGUAGAUUUUUUUUUUUUUUUUUUACGAGUGUUGACAUAAAAAAUAGACAGCAGGAUGUUAAUAUUUGGAUCCUGAAGUUGGCAGACAGUUAAUAAUUUUCGGAUUUUUUUUUUAUAAUUAAAUGUAAGGCCACUGACAGUUCCCCCUUUUUAAAAAUAUUUGAUGACUCAAUCGUAAUGACUGUAGUAAUUUUUUAUAGUUAAUUAAAAAAAAGUUAAAGCGUUAAUUUAAAAAAGGGCAACGCAGUUACAAUUUUGACGAGACAGAUUUUUAAAAAAUUAUUUACAGUUGAUAUUAAUUAGGAGUUGAAUCAAAUCUGGAAUAUCAAAUUUUUUAAUGAUUUUGAAGUGGCAGACAAUCAACAAUUUUUGAAUUUUUUUUCAAUGGUUUAAUUAAAAAAAAAAAAAAACUAAAAAUAUGCACUUGUAAAGAAUUUGAAAAAACUACAGGUGCAAUUUUUUUUUGAAUAAAUUAUUGUCUAAAAAAAAUAAAAAAAUUAUUAGACGUCGACUAACUUCAGUAUCAUAAUUUUUUAUGACCUUGAAGUUAACAGACAAUUAACUUUUUUUCAACAAUUUAAUUAAAAAAAAAAAAAAACUAAAAAUAUGCACACUUACAAAAUUCAAAAAAUUCCAAGUGCAAUUUUUUUAAAUAUUUUUUUUUUUUAUAAUUUAUCAUUUUUAAAAAAAUCAAAAAAUUAUUUGACCGUCUAAUUUUAGUAUCAAAAUUUAUUUACCAAUUAUCGUUUUACUCCUAAUUGAUGACAACUGUCAGUAAUUUUUUUAAAAAUCUAUCAGCAAAAUUAACUUUUUUUCAAUUAAUGCUUUAAUUUUUUUCAAAUUAAUUAAUAAAAUUUUAAUACUAUGAGAGUUCAAGAUCAUCGAAUAUUUUUAAAAAGUAGGGAGCGCUCUGAGAAUGCCCUAAAAAAAAAACUAAAAAUAUGCACAUGUAGAAAAUUUAAAAAACUAUAAGUGCAAUUUUCUGAAAUAUUUUUUUUUUUAAAUUUAUCAUGUUUAUAAAAAUCCUAAAAUUAUUAGUUGUCAGCUAAUUUCGGUAUCAUUUAAUAUUAGUUACUUUAUUAUUGUUAUUGAAUUAAUAUGCACGUAAGACAAUUAUUUGGCUGUUUGUAAAAACUAAAUUUAAAUAAACGUGCGAUGUGAGCAUUGAUAAAUCAAACAAUUUAAAUAGAGCCUCUAUUGUGUAGCUGUUUGACGUCUACCAUUAGAAUAAUUUUGUUUGCAUUGAGCCAUUAAAUAUGCUUUUGUUAAUCAAAUAUUAAUACCACUCAAUAGUUUAUAUUUUAUAAUUAUAUCAAUAUAUAUAUAUUUUUUUUAUAAUAAAAUUCAAUUGAUAACUGCCAAG